AUGGGCAAUGUCGCCAGUCGCCUCGACGAUGCCGGAAACUUGUUCUUCAAGGACCAGAAUCGAUUCUCGAUCGCAUCGGUCACCAUCAGCAACUCCCGACGCCCUCUGUUAACCCUCUCCCCAAACGCGUUCCCUGCGGUCAGAUAUAUAGCGAAGCGAGACCCAAGCGACGACACUCCUAUUGAAUAUAUUCAGGACCCCGAUGUCCCUCCGUCUGCUGCGAUCCCGACCUUCUUGCUCCGCCUUUCAAACGAUGAGGAACUCAUCUUUAAUUUCACCUUCAUCCUCCGACAAACAGCGACCGGUAAUAUCGCGGGAUCCACCGUCAAUGGUGUUGCGACCUCGCUCCCUGAGGUAGCCAACACCAACCUCACUGGGCUCACCUUCGCCCACGCGUCAAACUCCAAGGAACUAGACAACCUAAUCACGCGGGAAUUCCACGCAAACCCGAACCUUCAAAAUAACUCCAACGUCCAACUGAUUGGUGAUUUCUCGACCGAUGGUACCCCCUCCGUCUCGUUCGACUGGUCCUGGAGAUGGAAGCCUCCCAAGACGACGGAGGAUAAAGGUGGCGGCUGGCGGAACAGCUGCAGCUUUUUGGACUACGAUUCAAGGACAAAUCGCCUCAAUACUCUCGCACAUUUCUCCUUCUGGGUACAUAACUCCAUUCGGCCCUUGCCUAGUCCGCUCGUAAUGUCGCCGAACCUCGAGUUGCCCGUUCCUCCUCCCCGCAGGCGCAUUCCUUCCACCCAGUCGGUCAUAUCACAGGCCAGUGAUAGCGAAAAUUUCUCGAACCCCAACCUCCCUUCCAUCACCCCGCCUGAAUCGUCAGAAGGCAUGCCGCCGCCUCCGACUGCGCCCCCGCCCCCACCUCCCGUUAAAGUCGACCUUGCUUCUCGCGCCGGAGAAGAUAUGAACGUGGAAGAUGGGCCCCUGUUCCGAGCUACGAUGAAGGCGUUGGAACAGAAGACAGGAAAUAUGCGUACAAAAAUAAAGAAGGUCUUGAAAAAGGCAGAGGCUGCGCAGUCCGCACAAACGACUUGCAACGAGGCCAUGGAGGGUUUCCUGGGUUCCUUGAACGAGGCAUCGACAUCUAAUGCCAACGCCAUUCAACCUGCUCUAGACCACUACUUUGAAAAGAUCGCGCGUCAGAUUCAAAAUUAUGAACAGUUGAACGCUCUUCAACUGCAAAAGCUCGUCAUCGAACCUCUUGUCAAGCUAUACACUAACGAUAUCAAACAAGCGGAAGCGAAGAAGAAAGAUUUUGACGAAGAGAGUCGUGAUUAUUAUGCCUACGUCAGUCGGCGCUUCGACUACUCUUCCUUCAUGCAAGAUCUUCACGGAGGUCGCAAGGAACAAGAAGUCUUGUCGCAUCUGACUAAAUAUGCAGACUUUCAAGCUACGAAUUUCUUGGCGGCUGCCAAGAAGAUUGAAGAAAUGGUUCCUCAACUGGACUCUUUAGUUCACGAGGUUAAUAGGGCGGACAAGGAGUUCCAGUUCAAGCGGACUGAGCGCGAGGAGUUUCGCAGAGCUCUCGAAAAGAACAGUAACCCUUACCUUGAGCCCGAUGCCAUCGCCGGUCCUUCAAAUGUGGCUGCUACAUCCACCACGGCCGCCAACGGGGCUGCUUCGAAUGAAUCUGAGCUUGGCCGAGCUGAUAGCACCGGCUCUCAACUCCGGGGGGUUAUUAGCAAUAGUUCCUCCGUUUCGUCCCAGGCUAAUGCCGGAUCGGUUAGCUCGGCUGCUGGCAUAUCUGCUCCUACUGGUAGCGCUGGAUCUGCGAGUGGAUCUGGUCAAAAUCGGUUCAAGGGCAUUCGCGAUCUGGAGGAACCUGCUGCUACUGGGAUUGAUCGUAGUGUCGGUCAGCAGAGAAAAGAAGGGUUGUUGUGGGCGCUUUCCCGUCCUGGAUCACACAUGGAUCCGAAGGGUAUCAACAAACAGGCCUGGCACAAGUUUUGGAUUGUCUUGGACCAAGGCAAACUCUCGGAAUACAGUAACUGGAAGCAGAAAUUGGAUCUGCACAUGGAGCCCAUCGACCUUCGAAUGGCAUCGGUCCGGGAAGCUCGUAAUGCCGAGCGCCGUUUCUGUUUUGAAGUGAUCACUCCCCAAUUUAAGCGCAUCUAUCAGGCCACAUCGGAAGAAGAUAUGGCGACUUGGAUUCGAUCCAUCAAUAACGCGCUCCAAAGCGCCGUUGAGGGACGAGGAAUGCCGCAAGCGCCUCCCCUGUCUUUGUCAGAGAAGUCUACUACCGGCCGUGAUAUCGGUUCGGUCCUUACCGGGAAAAGCUCGUCGGUUUCUGGUCAUCACUCCUACUCAAAUAGCUCCAGCAGUGCCAGCGCCGGUGGUGUCAACCGCCGUACAACGGUCGGGGCAAGGCCGAGCUACGUUCGCCAUGACAGUAACAGCUACGAAGAGAACCCGGCACGACUGCUCCAAACGGUCCGUGAUGCUGACGAGGGGAAUAACUGGUGUGCAGACUGUGGAUCCUCCUCCAAGGUCGAAUGGGUGUCGAUCAAUUUGGGAAUUGUACUAUGCAUUGAAUGCAGUGGUAUUCACCGAUCCCUCGGCACACAUAUCUCCAAGAUCCGAUCCCUAACACUAGACGUCCACUCCUUCUCGAACGACAUCGUCGAAAUCCUCCUCCAAAUCGGCAAUCGCGUCAGCAACAUGAUCUGGGAAGCAACCCUCGACCAAUCACUCAAACCAAUCGCAAGUUCCACCCGCGAACAACGCCUAAAAUUCAUCACGGCCAAAUAUGUCGACAGAGCAUACGUCGAGGGCGUCCCAUCCCCACGUUCCCGUUUCUCAACACCAGACGAGACCCUCCUCGCCUCCGUCAAGAAAAACGACAUCCAGGGCGUCCUUUACGGAAUUGCCUUACGCGGUAAUGUAAACGUACCCGAUCGUUCACGCAGUACGCCGGCUAUAUUCCUCGCUCUGGCUGCUACAGACCCUGCCACACCGGGUUCAACACCAACACCUACCCCUACAUCCCUCUCCGCCCGUCCCAGCGCAAAGGCAAUCCCCUUCCCCAUGGCCGAACUGCUGGUUCAGAACGGCGCGGAGAUUCCUCCCCAACCACCAUCAAUCCCGCUCUCCCCGGCCGCACAGUUGUAUCUCAGUCAACGCGUUGCGCGAAAUCCGGGAUUCAGCGCCGUCAAUGCUGCCGCUCCUCCCUCUGUUCCGGGAAAGUCUUUGUCUACUACGAAUAACCCUAACGAUACCCUCGGCUCGCUGCCUACUAUUCGCUCCGCUAGUAAGGAUAGUUCUUCUUCUUCUGUUGCUUCGCAGGCUCCUGGUUCUGGGUCUGGGCCGGGCUCGGGAUCGGGAUCGGCCUUUGCGGAGAAGGAGAAGGAGAAGUUGUCUAAGCGUGGAAGUGCGGGUGCUAGAUUUGCGGGGAAGGUUGCUUCUCUUGGGAUUGAUCGAUAG